AGAGAGGAGUAUUUCAUGUGAUCGAUAAACCAUUGGUCAGAUGAUUGUUGAUAGCUCUUUCUCUCUCUUCAUUUGUGCAGGGUGAUCUUUCUCUCUCUUCAUUUGCGCAGGGGUGUCCUGAGAUCACAUAUAAGAUGGUGAAGGCGGUAGCUGUUCUUGGUAGCAAAGAGGGUGUUAGUGGCACAGUUUUCUUCACUCAAGAAGGAGAUGGUAACCUUGUCUGUUUUUCAUUUCUUAUUUUGAUUCUCAGGAGAGGAUACAUUUUUUUGUUGGAUGGAGGAUGGUAAUUCUAUUUCAGCAAAUUUUUUAUAUUUUCAUGUGACUGCACUAACAGACGGCAUCAUUAGUAAACAUGAUUUCUUUCUUGUAGGACCUACUACUGUAACUGGAAGCCUUUCUGGCCUGCAACCUGGGCCCCAUGGUUUCCAUGUUCAUGCCCUUGGUGACACCACCAAUGGCUGCAUGUCGACUGGCCCACAUUUUAAUCCUGUUGGCAAAGAACAUGGUGCACCAGAGGAUGAAAACCGCCAUGCUGGUGAUCUUGGAAAUGUCACUGUUGGGGAGGAUGGUACUGCUAAUUUCACCAUUGUUGACAGCCAGAUUCCACUCUCUGGGCCAAACUCCAUUAUUGGAAGGGCUGUUGUUGUCCAUGCCGAUCCUGAUGACCUCGGAAAGGGUGGACAUGAACUCAGCAAAACCACUGGAAAUGCUGGUGGCAGAGUUGCCUGUGGUAUUAUUGGUCUCCAAGGCUGAAUACCUGUUUCUGGAUUCUGAUGAUUUCAACCUGAGGUGGUGAUUUGCCUAAAAAUCUAAGAAGCAUGAGGCGUCAGGCAAACUUUAGGUGUUUUUGUUUAUGAAAUCUUCAUGAACAUUUAAAUAGUGGAAAUAAUGGACCAUGUGUCAUGUGGAUUGGAGCUUUUCUUUAUGUGAUCAAUAUACUGUUUGUUAUAGCCUUCUAUGUCAAGUUUUCUUUGUAUGAGGUUGGACCAGAUGUUUCUGGUACCCUGUCUGGGUUUGAGUAUUCCUAAUAAUAUUUACCUUGGAUUUUUCUCUA